AUGAACAUCAAACACGUUGACCCAGCUCCGACAAUCCUCGAUUCCGUUGAAUCGCAUACUCGCGACACAAUCAACACCCUAUUCUGCUUCCUCAUUGCGCAGGGCCAGACCGACUACCUCGGCGAAGCAGUAACCCAGCUUGAACACUCAUUACAAUGUGCCCAUCUUGCUCGACAAGACCCAAAGUACGGUCAUGAUGAUGAAGUCGUGCUUGCCGCUCUCCUCCAUGAUGUGGGCCGUUUCAUUCCGGCGGCGGAGAAAAUGCACAAGAUGUAUUCUGCAGAUGGGGAAUACAUUGGCCCUGCAAGCCAUGAGAUAUUAGGGGAACAUUACUUGCGUGGGUUGGGGUUCAGUGAGAAGGUGGCUGAGCUUGUUGGCGCGCAUGUCAUGGCGAAGAGAUAUUUAACUGCGACGGAUAAGGGUUACUAUGAUGGGCUAAGUGAGACAAGCAAGAAAACGUUGACGUUUCAGGGCGGCGUUUUCAAUCAAGAGCAGGUUGAACAGGCCCAGAAAGACCCUCUGCUCGGUGCCAAACUUGCCGUGAGGAGAUGGGACGAUCUGGCUAAAGUGGCAAAUAUCGCGGUGCCACCGUUGUCAGAUUAUAAGGAAACGGCAUACCAAUGUCUUUUAGAGUCAAGGACGAAAUUUCGAUUGCACUCAAAAGAGUACAAACUCCCCGAGCAACCCACUGUGGUGAUAUGCGUCGAUGGUUUUGAUCCCGAAUACCUCGAUUCCGGACUCCAAGCAGGAAUAUUACCUACAUUCAAAAAGCUGGUCGACAAUGGAUUCCACAAAACCGCCAAAAGCUGCAUGCCGUCAUUCACAAACCCAAAUAACGUCUCAAUAAUCACAGGCGUGCCACCCUUGGUCCACGGUAUCGCCGGAAACUUUUUCCUGGACAGGGAAACAGGGAAAGAAAAGAUGAUCACAGACGACUCUUUGCUUCGAGGAUCGACUUUACUUGAACAAAUGUCGAUAAGAGGUGUGCGUAUCGCUGCUGUGACAGCGAAAGAUAAGCUACGGAAGAUUCUCGCACACGGUCUGAAAGAUGCUAUCUGUUUUUCAGCAGAGCGGGCAGCAGAUUGUACUUUGGAUGAAAAUGGUAUUGAAAAUGUGGAAGACUGGAUAGGUCGCUCGGCACCCAGUCAAUACUCUGGGGAUCUCUCAUUGUUUGUUUUAGAUGCCGGGAUCAAGCUGCUGGAAGAGCAUCGUUCCGAUUUUCUGUAUUUGACUUUAUCUGACUACGUCCAGCAUAAGCACGCACCCGGUAGCAAGGAAGCUGACGAGUUUAUGAAGCAACUUGAUACUCGGUUGAAA